ACCAAACCUCAAUCACUGCAAUUUGCAGUCUCCACUGCUCCCUCCUCGUUCAGCGACACCAUUUCUCCGACGCUCUUCAGCAAACAUCUCCGACGUCCAAAUGUGGCGGCGCUUCCUUACCACCGCGUCAACAACCACGCGCCACCAUCAGCUAUCCAAUCUCAUUCCGAUCGUCGCUUCAGUAUCAAACCACGCUUCAUCCUUCUCACGGUUCUUCUCUGGGAAACACUCGAAAUCAUCUCUCACAAAAUCGAAGAAAAAACCUUUUGACGUAGUCGAUGACGUCACUGCAGGUUCAUCAGCUGAUUUGGAUGCUUAUGCGGUCGGAGAACAACUUCGAUUGAAGUUGUUAGCCGAAGAUGAAAAGGAUAAAUCUCUUGAUAUUGGUUUAAAUGGCAAACCCAUAUUUACCUCAACUACUAAACUCUCUAAUCUCUCUCAUAAAGAUACUUGCUCCUAUAUGAAAUUCAGUAAGGAGGAGUUGAAUGCGGUGUUGCCGGAGGGAUUACCGAGUGGAAUGUUGAAGGAGUUUGAGGAUACGAAACGAUGUGCUUUGCUGAUUCGACAAAGUUUUUUGGAUCUUCGUGAUAAUUUUCGGCGAAUUGUCGAUCCUCCAACUUGGUCUUCUUCUGCACCAAAAGUUAGAAAGCAGAUUGUCUUGGAUGGUCCUCGUAGUUGUGGCAAGAGUAUUGCGCUUGCAAUGCUUGCUCACUGGGCUCGUGACGAAGGUUGGCUGGUAUUUUAUGCCCCUAAAGGUCGUGAUUGGACGCAUGGAGGAUUUUUCUAUAAAAACCCACAAACUGGUCUUUGGGAUACCCCUGUUCAGGCUGAAAAUAUUCUGAAGGACUUCGUCAAGUUUAAUGAAAGCUGCUUGCAACAACUCCCUUGUCAAAUAUCUGAUCCUAUUCCAUUGGGAGAAGGUGCUGGUGUGGGAUUUAUGAAAGGAGCAGAUUCCAUAGCAAUGCCGGAGGGUUCAACUUUAUUUGAUCUUAUCCAGACAGGAGCUAAGCAGACCCAUGCUGCUGUUGGAGUACUAGUCCGUUUGCGGCAGGAGUUAUCGCUGGUGAAAGAUGUUCCUGUGCUUCUUGCAAUCGACCAAUACAACAACUGGUUUACAUUUAGUGCAUUCGAGGAGGUUGUUACACCCCGCUCUUCCAAACCAAUUCAUGCCAAAGACAUUGCCACAGUAAAGGCAUUCAGGCUUAUGACGCAUGAUGACAUGAUGGUCGGGGCUUUCUCACAUUCGACCGCAGUCGGGAAGCUGCGUAAAGACUUGCCUGGAGUACCAGAUGAUGCUCGUAUCAAUUUCCCUCGAUACACCUUGGAUGAAUCUGCUGCUGUUUGCCAUUAUUACCUUAGGCAAAGGCUUAUCCGCAGAGAAGUAUUCACAGAGGAGAAGUGGAAGAAAAUAUAUUAUCUUUCAAAUGGAAAUGGAACGGAGAUGAGAUGUUUAGCGCCCAAAAUGUGGUGAAUGAUGCAAUAUUUCCAUUCUCAGUACAGCCAUUGCAAAAGAUCCAAGUUGACAUUGCUGUACCUUGCAAAUUUUGUAUUGCGAGCUCCAGGUAUAAU